ACGUUUGUUGCUGCAAUUAUUGCUCCGUAUACCACCGCCGGUAGCUAGCUAGCUGGGAUAGUAGCGCGGCUAUAGUGCUCGCACACGGAGCUAGCUGUAACGCACAUUUACAUACUGUACACAAUCAGCUCAGAUAAAAUGUUGGUGUGGUGAUAGGAUUAGCCGAGCCUUAGGAGCGUUAUCUUUUUUCUGCUUUACUACAGCUUAUUCUACAUACAAGGUGGACUUCCUCUGGAGCAAGUACGGGUUCUUGGCAUCGCCCAUUCGAGAUUGUUUUGCCUUUGACCUUUGUGUGUUCAACUUUAAGAUGAUGCGGGCAUGCAUUACAGUUUACACUAAAGCUACAGCUACAGUUACACAGUGGUCGAUGGUCUUGACUCAUCAAAAUACAGUUAGCCUCAGAUCACGCUAAUUAGCUCAGUCAGUACUCCAGUUCAUUGGGAUCUUGCCAUCUAACUAACUCACUGGACAACUUUGCACAUGACGAAACUCAUGACCAUUAAAUCAAUGUGAGACAGAUGUUAUCAUCAACUUAAUUGGAUGUUACUUGUUUAGACUUGAGUCUGACAAGCUGCCUGUGCCGUAUCGUGUACUUCGCUUCGCUUCGAUCGUAGCGAGUUCAUCCUGGUGAAGGAAUCUUAUAGACCUAUGGCAUGUUCUCAACCUCAUCCUUUUUGUUCUUUCUUACAUUCAAAUGACGUAAAUAGUCUUCAUUCAAACUCAAAGUUGAAUAGACUUGGCCACCGGAUCUCAAUCAAGUAGAUCUGAAUCUCUGUCAUCAAUCAAGUAAUCAUCAAAAUGGAUUCCAGUUCAAACAUGAAACUCCCAGGACUGCCAGCGUUACCAAAAAGUUUGAGUGGACUUCUAAAUGCUAACAGUGGAACUUGGCGCGAAACAGGUAGAAUUUUAGCCCACCAAACGAAUAUACAAGACAGUCUUACUGCUGGAUUUUCUCCAAGCCAUGUCCAUAAGAGUGGAGGAAGGAAAAAAAGGAAACGCAUUGAAAUACCAAGAGGAAAUCUAGAUGCUGCCUUGGCCUUGCUCCGCAAAGAGAUGGUUGGUCUACGUCAGCUGGAUAUGUCUCUUCUAAGUGAGCUUUAUUCUCUUCAUGAAUCCAUCCAAGAUUAUAAGUCUGAUAUGGAGAAGGUAGUUGAUAGCUCUUUAGAUCUGGACGCCGACGAUUCUCAGCUCAGCCAUCUAUCAGCCCUUGAUGAAGAACUACUAGAAGACUAAUGAUGGAGGAGUAUAAACCUAGUCCAAAUACUAGCCUAGAUCUAGACCUAGGCCAGGAUGAUUGCCAACGAAAUGAGCUCUUGGCAAAGUCAUGAAGAUAAUGGAGAUGAAUCAGUCAGUGUUCCUUGUUUUGUUGUAAAGCUUUAGAAUGCACUAGAGGAUUAGAGCAAGGAUGGAAAUUGUAUGAUUCUGAUUUUGAAAACCUAAUAAAAGGUUGUUAGUGUCAGCCAUCUAAAUUUUCUUCUGUGAUGUGAAUUAGAAAAAUUAGACAUCAUUUUUUAGGACAUUUGGGACAUGGUCAUGGAGUAUUAUUAGGACAUAGAACAUUGAUGGAGAAAAGUUGGAAAUGGAAAGUUGUUUCAAGCACAGGUUCAUGUACAGACAAAUCAAUGUAGAGGUGUAUUUCAUUCUGGGAUAUGUUCCGUCAAUCCGCUGAGACUACAUCCGGCUACACUGCAUUCCUCCAUUGGAAGGGGGCAUCAAAAGACUAUUUAAAAAAAAUUAAAAGCAGACAGGUUUUUCUCUCUUUAGAAGUUUCAUUAAAUAUGGACCUACUAAGACUUCUUGGUAGGUCCAUGGUUUCAUGCUGUAUUUAUAAUAUUAUCAGAUUUCUGAAAUCAUUCUGCAUUUGUAUAGCUUUUCUGUGUGCAUGGCAAUCUGGUUUUAUAGAAACUCCAAUUUGUUUCCUUUAAGUAUUCAGACAAUUCAGUUGUACUUUAAGUAUCCGUUUCAUGUAUGUAAGGAAUAUGGCUUUUACCCCCAAAAUAGUUCUUUUACAGUUUUAGAAAUGUUCUUGCCACCUCUGAAAUUUGAGAACCCAUCAAGUACAGUGACCUUACAGUCCAGUCACUUAUGAAAGUUUAAUGCUGAUAACAUCAGCCUUAACCCUCUUUAAAAUAUAUUUGUCUCUUGAUUGCAUAAUAAUGUUAUAUAAUUAGAUUCACAUGAGAGUCUGUUAACUUUGUUGGUCUGGUUUUAAACUUUGAGGUUACAGGAUGUACAUGUACAGUGUAUCAUAGUUGGGGACCAUUCGGAGUGUGGACGUAGUCUUAAGUUAUGAAAUUUCAAGUACAUAUUUUUUAUUUGAACCAAGGAUAAAUGCUGUUUUUCUGAGGAAACCUCAUAUCUUGCAGAAGCACAGGCCUUUGAAUAUCAACACUAAUGACUUGUUUUUUGUUAAUCAAAAUGGUUAGCCCAUGUAACUUUUCUCUCUCUCUCUCUCUCUCUCUAUGAAUUCUGAGUGUUGAUGUGCGAUGUAUUUUCUAAAAGCUUCUCUCUUUUAGUAGGAGCAUGGUACGUGUAAAAGGUUAGAACCCAGAUCAAAAGAGCGUAAUACUUUCUGCUUUUAGUAACUAACUGCCCUCUAUGUAUUUCACUGGAUUUUGUUUAACAUGCAUGUAGAUGUAGACUUUGUUGUAAGCUGUAAGUUGAAUAUGAAAAUGAUAUAUAAUAGAUUUAUCAUUCAUUUUUACUCAUAUACAUGUACAUGUGUACAUGUAUCUUUAUUGCAAACAUUUUACAUGUAUCUUUAUUGCGAGCAUUUUUUGUUUCUUGCCAGUUCAUAUCACAUUGUGCAAGAAAAUGAGAUUACUCAUUGUUUGGGAAACGGUUGUUGGUAAGCCUGCUGGGCUUGAAAAACAAUUUGUUUGUGCCUUGCCGAGUGGUUUUAUUUAAUAAAAAACUAAGUUGAAUGUAUCAUUUAGAAUCAAAAUAAAGAAAUGAUAUAUAAACUGAAGCACAAACAUUAAUUAUAUGUUAAUGACAAUCAAAUUAGAAUGCUAACAAGAGAGUUCAAGACUAUCUAGAUUCUCAGGAAUUUGAUGUGCAUUCUGUGUGAGAUCAAAUGUGUUUCUGUAUUUCUUCAAAAGUACUGACUUUAAAGGGCAAGUCCACUCCAAAAAUUACUUACUUUCAAUAGAAGCAGAAAAAUAAGAUGAACCAAUCAAAAAAAGUUUGAGCAAAAUCGGAUAACUGAUAAGAAAGUUUUUAAUGACAUGAAAAACUUUAAAAGUCACUCAUAAAUCUGUGAUGACAAUGCCUUACUAUCCACUAAUUAUUUUCUUUAUAUAGAUAGUGUAAAUUUCCAAUUUUCCCCCUGAAAAUCUGAUUUCCUCACACCAGCAUCCAAGUUAAAUUGAUAGUAAUAUGUUUGUGUGUGGAUGCACUAUUAAAUAGAGUAAUUUUGUUCAGUUAAAUCAUGAAAAAUUUGAAUUUUGAUAAAAUUUUUAUAUAAAAAUAAAUGAUUAUGAAUACCUGUAUACAAUAU